UUAUUCUAGGGGGAUUAGAGUAAAAGCGCGUGAUUUGUGCGCUUUUCCACCCAGAUAUGAUGCCGCUAUCUGGGGAAACUCGUCUCUGACUCGGACUGGUGACUCUUGAAGUCGUGAAGCAGCAACUCGCUUCUACUUGUUGAACUUUGGAGCUGCAGGAAGCGCUCGUGCUUUGGCUCAUUUUACGCAAAGUAUACGUCUGACAUUCCCAGUAAAACCACAUCAGUACGCGCUUCUCUACUAAAACAGCAUUUUUAAAAUAGUUUCUCCUGUUUUUAGAUGGCUGAGCUUUGCAGCGCCGGCCGGCGUUUCUUCACCUGCAGCGCGCUCCCUCCUCCCUUUCUUUAUUUUGCGCACACAGUGAUCCGUGUCCCGCUGGAGUUGAGUUGGCCUUCACGGGUCAGAUCGUCUUACAUGCUCGCAUUCCACAGAGGGGUGUAGAUUAAACUGGAACCAGGUGCUUUAUAUAACCGUGCCUAACUCAGUGCGCCUGCGCCUCCAGUGCGCCCUGCGCUCAGAAACAACUAAUCUAUAAUUAAUUCUAAUUAUUAUCAGCGCUCUGUCGUGUCCAGGUUCGGUUCAGGAGUCUCGUUCUAUACUUUUCCACUACCAGCGGCUUUUCCUUGGCAUGCGCCCUCUCUCGGGCUCCCCCUCCCACCCCGCGCCCACUCUUUAGUGUAUCCAGGCGCUUUGCGUCACUCCGCCUGCUCAGUUCAGCCGAUCUGUAGCGGAUCUGCUUACCCAGGAGGCUAUCAAGUGAUUUGUUCUAGACAUAAAUAUGUGUGGUGUUACACCAUGAGGUGGCUUUUAGAAGAUUCCUGAAACACAAGUUGAUAUUUCACUCCAGCAAGAAUACAAUAAUAAUAAUCAAAUAUUUGCAUUAAUGGAAGAAAGAACAGUACAGCUGUCACGGAAUUGCUCAGACAUGCCAAAUUUUUGUCCUCCCCUCUUAUUUUGCCCGGUUCUCUGACGCAAGCGCUCUGAGGCGCGGCUGUGACGCAGAGGGAGCGCAGCGGACGCUGAUUGGUGAGGAGGUCACCACCUUAGUGUCCCGCCCACCAGAAAGUGGGUAUCAGCAGCUCCUCCCUCCCGGUUUCUGCUUAUAAACCAGGAGCUGAAAGUAAAAGGUUAGAUUCUGGGCUUGAGCAGCUGAUGAGAGCUGCAGCUGAGCUCGCCAUGACGGUCAACACAGAAACAGAAAAGCCUGUCUUGACUUACUCUAAAACUAAAGGCCUUGUGGAAUUACUCACUGCUUUUAUGAAGCAGAGGAGGAUGGGUCUGAACGACUUCAUUCAGAGGCUCGCCACCAACUCCUACGCCUGCAAGCACCCUGAAGUUCAGUCUAUUCUGAACUUGAGUCCUCCUCAAGAAGCAGAGCUGAUGAAUGCAAACCCUUCUCCUCCUCCCAGUCCAUCCCAACAGAUCAACCUCGGCCCGUCUUCCAACCCCUCCGCCAAACCCAGCGACUUCCACUUCCUGAAAGUGAUUGGAAAAGGCAGCUUCGGCAAGGUGCUGCUCGCGCGUCACCGCUCCGACGACCAGUUUUACGCCGUCAAAGUGUUACAGAAAAAGGCCAUUCUGAAGAAGAAGGAGGAAAAGCACAUCAUGUCAGAGAGGAAUGUGCUCCUGAAAAAUGUCAAGCACCCGUUUUUGGUGGGCCUGCACUACUCGUUCCAGACAGCAGACAAACUCUAUUUUGUCUUGGACUACAUCAACGGGGGAGAGCUGUUCUACCACCUGCAGAGAGAGCGCUGCUUCCUGGAGCCCAGAGCCAGGUUUUACUCUGCAGAAAUCGCAAGUGCACUGGGAUACCUGCACUCCCUCAACAUCGUCUACAGAGACCUGAAGCCAGAGAACAUCCUGCUGGACUCACAGGGACACAUCAUUCUCACCGAUUUUGGGCUUUGUAAGGAGAAUAUCGAACCCAAUGGGACCACGUCAACUUUCUGCGGUACACCAGAGUAUUUAGCUCCUGAGGUGCUACACAAGCAGCCAUACGACAGGACAGUAGACUGGUGGUGCUUAGGAGCUGUUCUAUACGAGAUGCUCUAUGGUCUGCCUCCGUUCUACAGCCGCAACACAGCUGAGAUGUACGACAACAUACUGAACAAGCCUCUGCAGCUGAAACCCAACAUUUCCAAUGCAGCCAGGCACUUGCUGGAGGGCCUGCUGCAAAAAGACCGAACCAAGCGUCUGGGCUGCACAGAUGACUUUAUUGAAAUCAAGAACCACAUAUUCUUCUCACCUAUCAACUGGGAUGAACUCAAUGCAAAGAAGAUAACCCCUCCCUUUAACCCCAACGUGUCGGGACCCAACGACCUGCGGCACUUUGAUCCUGAGUUCACGGAUGAGCCGGUUCCCAGCUCUAUCGGCUGCUCCCCGGACUGUGCACUCACCACUGCAAGCAUCACAGAGGCAGCUGAGGCCUUCGUAGGCUUCUCUUACGCCCCAUCCAUGGACUCCUACCUAUAGGGCCUACACACAGGCACUUCAACGUGGACUCUAGUUUCUUCUCACUGUCCAUGGACUUGCAUCUUGACCCCUCAUCCCAUCAUUUCCCAUCAGAAUGAUGGCUUUUUUCCAAACCCUGCAAGAGAUGCUUCACCUACAUGCAUACUUACUGUUCCUCUCCCUCUGACUCUUGAAUGCAUUUUUAAAGACUUGCAUAGAGAGGAUGUUUACUGUAAUCAAUGACCUGUUGGGACCCUUGACUUGUUUUACCAACACAAGUCUUUAUCAGUCUUCAAUUCCCACCUUUUACCAUAUAAAGGAGGAGUUUUGCACAUGGCUCAGGCAGCACCCCAUCACCAGGUCACAAAGCACACACUAAAACUUCCAAAUCUCGUUUUCAUCCAUGUAGCGAACGAUUCCCCCUCUCACCCGCCAGCUGGGACCUACCUGCUGAGUCUGAAUGAGCAGCUUGGAGUUGACAUCCAUUUUUGGUGCUUUUUUUUUUUCUUGAAUUCUCUGUGGUUUUUGAAAAAGGGAGUCAGGAGAAGGUGAAUGUUACACAGACAGGGGGGGGGGGGGGGGUCAUUUCCCUCAAAGGUGCCUUUAUUAUUAUUUUCUCCUCUUUCCAUCAGAUCAUUAGGGUUUUUAACAUUAAAACUACAGCUUUGUCCACUUGGGGAAGUGAAAGUUAACGUGACGAUGUAGCACUAAAAACUCAAAUGAUGUUUCCUGUAUUUCAUUUGCACAUUAACGCUGAUGGAGAGAUGAAGAAAGAGCUGCUGCUGGGUGACCACAAGAGGCGCGUGUCCAAGUACUUGUGCGGUUUCGCUUGUCACCUGUGUCCCCCUUGUAAAGUCUUCCAAUUGCCUCACACUGACGUAACAACGGCCCACAGACGGGGCCGCCAAUGCUGAAUCCGAACAUUCCACUUUAAUAUUGCUGUAGUGCAGUUUGACGGUAUUUAAGUUCCAUGUAUAUUCGGAGUUACGUGUACUAGUUUUAAUGUAUAUUGUACAAGAAAAUGACUAAAGGUAUGCCUAAAAUAUGUAUAUGUAACAAUUUAUGUUUAAUGUACUGUAAAUUGUAAAAUUGUUUAUGUGACCAUGUUUGGUUUGCAAUAAAAGUUUAACUUUAUUACACGUUA